CUCACAUCCACUUCUCUAGUCAAAAUUACAAUGGCAUCCGGCACCGACAGAUCUCAAUCCACCACCACCAACGGCGUUGAAGAACUGUCGAUAUCGAAACGGAAGGUAGCUCUGAUCACCGGAAUCACUGGCCAAGACGGCUCUUACCUCACCGAACUCCUCCUCGAUAAAGGAUAUGAAGUCCACGGUCUGAUCCGCCGGUCUUCAAACUUCAACACCCAACGGAUCAACCACAUCUACAUCGACCCUCACAAUGUUCACAAGGCUCGUAUGAAGCUUCACUAUGCCGAUCUCACAGACGCCUCUUCCCUCCGUCGUUGGAUCGACACAAUUUCCCCCGACGAGAUCUACAACCUCGCUGCACAAUCACACGUCGCUGUUUCCUUUGAGAUCCCUGAUUACACCGCUGAUGUCGUCGCUACCGGAUCGCUACGCCUUCUAGAAGCCCUAAGGUCGCAUAUCACUACUAGCGGCCGGACUCAUGUCAAGUAUUAUCAGGCCGGCUCGUCUGAGAUGUUCGGAUCAACUCCGCCACCGCAGUCGGAAGAUACUCCGUUUCAUCCGAGAUCGCCUUAUGCUGCUUCCAAAUGCGCUGCUCAUUGGUAUACAGUUAAUUACAGAGAAGCAUACGGGAUCUUCGCCUGCAAUGGCAUUCUCUUCAACCACGAAUCACCACGAAGAGGGGACUACGUGGAAGCAAUGUGGUUGAUGCUACAGCAGGAUAAGCCAGAUGACUAUGUGGUGGCAACUGAGGAAUCACACACAGUGGAGGAGUUUCUUGAAAAGGCAUUUGGGUAUGUGGGUUUGAACUGGAAAGAUCAUGUUGAAAUUGAUAAGAGGUAUUUUAGGCCAACAGAAGUUGAUAAUUUGAAAGGUGAUUCGAGUAAAGCUAGGAAAGCUCUUGGAUGGAAACCCAAAGUUGGGUUUGAACAGUUGGUGAAGAUGAUGGUUGAUGAAGAUGUUGAGUUGGCUAAGAGGGAAAAAGUUCUUGUUGAUGCAGGGUUCAUGGAUGCUCAACAACAGCCUUGA